AUGUCCAUCAGACAGUCCCUCCGCGCAGUCUCUGCCCUUUCAUCGACAACCCGCUCCUUCGCCUCAUCCUCCCGAGUCCUCGUCCCUCCAAUCACGCCCGGCCCGCCCCCAGAUCCCAACGCCUCGAGCGGAUUCGAUCUGCUCAUCAACAACCUCCUCCCACCUCCGACAUCAUCCGCAAAGCCAGUCCCCGCUCUGCGAUAUGGCUCGCCAUCGUCGCAUACUCCCGAAGCCGCUGCCGCAGUCCGGGGAUAUACACCCGAGGCAUUACCGCCUCAAAUUGACCCCCUCCUGGAUCUAUUUACGAACAUGCUCAUGAAGCACGGUCGGAAGGCCGAGGCGCAGGGCCAUGUCUCUGACAUACUGUCUAUGCUUCAAAAAGCUUCCAACUCUCCACCCCAGCCCCUCCUCUCCCGCGCAAUAACCCUCGCCUCCCCCUCCGUCCGUCUAAACUCGACAAGGAGACGGGCAAAACUCGUCCAGACUCCGAAAGCGCUAGAUGAGCGGCAGAGCACAAGACAGGGGAUCGUGUGGCUUCUGAAAGCGGCGGAGAGGGGCAGGAAGGGUGGGCUGCCAAGAAAUCAGCGGAUAGCGAGGGAGGUCUUUGCGGUUCUCGAGGGGAGCAGCGAUGUGUACAAGUGGGUGGAGGAGAGGCAUCGAUUGGCGACUGCAAACAGGUCAAAUCUGGGCAGAUGA